GAUCUCGCGAGAGCUCGUCCGGCCUUUAAUUGUAGGGGGUUAUUAUAGGAGCCGAUAAGCAGCUAGCACUUCCACAGAUGAGCAGACAGAUCACUGGGGAGCCGGAGAGAAGACGCCAGACGAAGGAAAACAGCCAACAACCCAGCGAGACAUACAUAGGUGUUGGAGAGAAGACGCCAGACGAGGGAAAACAGCCAACAACCUAGCGAGACACAUAAAGAGCAAAAAAAUUACCUAUUUGAAGAUGGCAGAACCUUCCUCCUUCUGCCGGCCUCUUCUGCGCCCCAAUCAAUUUGUCCGUUCACUUCAACUUCUCCUGAUCUUCCAUAUACUUGCAGUCUGCCUAACACAGGACAUGGAGUACAUAGUCAACACACGCGCAGGUAAAGUGAAAGGGACACGACUGCCAGUUCUCAAUGGACACGUGCUAGCAUUUCUGGGUGUGCCUUAUGCUGAGCCCCCUGUAGGAAAACUACGUUUCCGGCGCCCUGAACCCAAAAAGCCUUGGCAAGGAGUGAAAGAAGCUUUUACAUAUCCCAGCGCCUGCUACCAGUAUGUUGAUAUGUCUUAUCCAGGAUUCCCUGGCAUAGAGAUGUGGAACCCAAACCGGGACAUGAGUGAGGAUUGCCUGUAUAUAAAUAUUUGGGUUCCCUUCCCACGUCCAAAAAAUGCUACGGUAAUGGUCUGGAUCUAUGGAGGAGGAUUCUACAGUGGAUCUUCUUCACUUGACGUUUAUGAUGGUCGCUAUUUGGUCCACACGGAGAAAGUUAUUCUGGUGUCUAUGAACUACAGAAUCGGUGCUUUUGGUUUCUUGGGUCUACAAGGCUCUGCAGAAGCCCCAGGCAACAUGGGUAUUCUAGAUCAAAGGCUGGCUCUCCAGUGGGUUCAGGAGAACAUUCAUUUCUUUGGUGGGAAUCCCAAGACAGUUACUAUUUUUGGUGAAAGUGCGGGAGCAGCAUCAGUGGGGAUGCACGUCCUCUCCCCAGACAGCCGACCAUUUUUUACCCGUGCAAUAAUGCAGAGUGGGGCACCCAACUGUCCAUGGGCUACAGUAAGCCCUACAGAAGCACGCCGAAGAGCCACACAGCUUGCAAAUAAUGUUGGUUGCCAAGGAGGAAAUGACAGUGAAUUAGUUGAUUGCCUAAGAACAAAAUCUCCUCAGGAGCUGAUAGACCAUGAAUGGCAGGUUCUCCCUUAUACACAUAGCUUGUUCCGGUUCUCCUUUGUGCCAAUGGUUGACGGAGUUGUGUUUCCUGACACACCUGAAGCCAUGCUUAGCUCAGGUAACUUCAAGGAAACUCAGAUACUGCUGGGCGUCAACCAAGAUGAGGGCUCCUACUUUCUCCUCUAUGGUGCUCCAGGUUUUAGCAAGGAUAAUGAAAGCCUCAUCAGCAGAGAGGACUUCCUUGAAGGGGUUAAGAUGGGUGUUCCUCAUGCCAAUGACAUAGGGCUGGAAGCAGUUAUCCAUCAAUACACUGACUGGAUGGACGAGAAUAAUCCCGUGAAGAACAGAGAUGCCAUGGAUGAUAUUGUGGGAGACCACAAUGUGAUCUGUCCAGUGCUACACUUUGCUGGCUCAUAUGCCCAACACUCUUUAAACUUGAACAAUGCACAGGGUGCAGGGAGCAACAGUGGAGUUUAUGCUUACUACUUUGAUCACAGAGCCUCCAAUCUGGUGUGGCCCGAGUGGAUGGGAGUCAUCCAUGGUUAUGAGAUUGAGUUCGUCUUUGGUCUGCCCCUGGAAAAGAAGCUGAAUUACACAGUUGAUGAGGAGCGUCUGAGCCGUAAGAUGAUGAGAUACUGGGCAAACUUUGCACGUACUGGAAGUCCAAAUGAUCCAUCAGACCCUGGACGCAAGUGGCCUGUCUUCACACUUUCAGAGCAGAAAUAUGUUGGACUUAACACAGAGCCAAUGAAAGUCUUCAAAGGACUCCGCACUCAGGUGUGCGCCUUCUGGAACCAUUUUCUGCCAAAGCUGCUUAACAUCACAGAUAACAUUGAUGAGGCAGAGCGACAGUGGAAGCUAGAAUUUCACCGAUGGAGCUCCUAUAUGAUGCACUGGAAAAGCCAGUUUGACCACUACAGCAAGCAGGAACGCUGUGCCGACCUGUAGGAGCUACAUGCAUGACUGUUUUGCUUGUGUCAAUGAACGAGUGUGUCAGUUCGAAGCAGUGCAGCUGGAGUGAGUGCUGCGCAAGCCUGCGGAGCGGCGGUCUGCCGGAGGAUGUGUACAACUAAGAAGAGCUGGGAGGGCAGUGCCGGUCCGUUAAUGUGUUUCCAUGUUAAUUUACAAACUGUGCACUGUGUUCUGUUUCCCACCCCUUCAUUCCCCCCUACCUCAACUGAAAGCACUCUAUUGAAUGAGCUUUAGUCUUGUCACCUAAUUUAUGAUCCUCUCUCUAGCAUACACUCCUGCAGGCUGAGUAAGGUUAUCUGAUGAAAUCAAUCACCUGAGCAUAAAGAAAGAAGCAAUGCUCACUUGCUUAUAUAGUACCCUUCCCAUUUAGUCAAAUCUUUUUCAAUCUUCUUCCUUACAACUAACUCCUUGAUAGCCCUUCUUAAGUCCCUCAGCAUUUUUUGGAUCCAGUCUUUUAAAAGACAUUAUGCCUUAGAUGUCCCACCAGGAAGCUGGUCUUCCAGUUGUCAUUUUAAUUGUUAGUUAGGACGCACCUUGUUUUACUUUAGGUCUUUCUGCUGUUCACCUGUCCGUGUACAAUACACCAUGUGAACCCCAUGUUAGGACCAUUUGGAGGAGAUCUUCUUAUUUGAUGUCUUGUAACAUAUUCGUGAGGUCUGCUGUGCUGGAACUUUUCAUUUGCUGUGCCCAGUUGGUGCUGCCAGUUCAUCCACAUUUGGAGACAAGGAUUGGAAACUUCUGAUUUCAAAUAUCUGUCCUGCUUACUUGACAUGGCUUGUCAUGGAUCCAUGAGCUUCUGCUGAAUGCUCAUUGGUCUGAGAGGAUAUGAUGAAAGGCACACGAAGAGUAACAUCUGUGUGCUUCUGACCAUGCAUAACACAACUACGAAUGAAAUCCUUAACAGAGUACAAUCGGCUUGAGCAGGAGAGCUUUCUGUGUACAAAGUCAAUUAGCAAUUUCUGUUGUAAAAGCACCACCUGCUGGACAAGCUGUCCAUCCUAAUCAGGUCAAAUAAUGGCCAUUACUAGUCCAUCAGAGAAGGUCUAAUUGUGUGGUAAGUCCCCAUAUCAUCUAAUGCAGACACUUUCCAGAAUUUCAAGACAUCUUCCAGGUGCCAGUGUCCACACUAUGGGAGCAAGCAUUCCUUGCAUUAUGGCCUCUGCUUAGUAGUGUUGGCUUCUACAGCUGCAACACUGACAAAGUAGUAGUAGUAGUAGUAGUAUUAAAGUAGUCUCCCUUUGCUUGCAGUGGUGAUCUGCAUUUGGCAGUCUGUGUCCCAAUGCCGUGACAGUUACUACAUUACAUAAAGCUUUCCAUUUAGAACUCUGUCUUCGGUCUGAUGAACUUGUGUGGCACAGCCUGCUGCCCCGCUGGUCCAUGCGCCUCCUGUCCGCUGGUGUGACUGUAAUUGUGUGUGUGAGUGUGAGUGCACAGUUUUGCCCCACGACCAAAUGCCCACCCCUCUUGUAUGCUGCACUUCCUGUAGCCAAGCGAAGAAAUCCCCUCGCAUGACUCCACCCACUUCUCCACAGAGGUAACCCAUGUGACUGUUAAUCUUGUAAUAUAUUCUGAAUGUAUAAUAUUAGUAUUGACAUGACUAUGAUGUUAGCAAUAAUAGACUAUUCAGAAUAUUUAAUAUUUAAAUAUAAUGAACAAUAUUUAUUUCAUUAAGGGGGAGCAAUGUCAGGAUGGGUAAAAAUAAAGGAAAAAGUGCCAAAUAUAUACAGCAGACUGAAUAUGUUUGACAUGCUCUUUAGUACUGGAGCCACACAGGCUGCCUGGAACAGAGAGAUGUGUGUAAAGUUUUCACAAACAUCCGAUUUAGGGGGAAGAGACCCUUAUCAAUGUGAAUGUAUUCUUCUUAAUGGGAUGUAGGAGUGGGCAACCCAGGGGUGCGGAAGAAGGUUUAUGUAAGGAACAUCCUUUUAUCACGAUUGACCUAAGGUAAAGGCCGCUCUCUUAUCAAAAGAUAAGGUCAGGAACGUUUUUCAGGGUAAUGAGAGGAACGAGCCUUUCCAUUAUCAUGUUAGUUAUAGUGGAAGGGUGGAGGAUUGGUCUGGGUUCAUUUUCUACAAUUUUCUGCCCUUUUACUGAACUUGAUCCCCUAAACAACUAUCUAGUUCACUUGUAAUAUUGGGCUCUAGCUCUUGGUUCAAGCCAAGUUGUUGAAUAUCGCAAGGAAGAAAUACUAUCACAUAAAUUAAAAAGUGACUUUUACUGUUAUAAUUAACCAUUUAUGGACAGGAGCAAUUGCAUAUUUUGUUGGCAGUCUGUAUCAAGUGGUAGAUAAACUGUGUUAUUAAAAGGGGAAAAUCUUGAGAAUUAUUAGCAGAAAUACUGUAAAGCAGGGCACUUUCUCUAUUAUGUCUGUUCCCCAGCAGGUAAGGACUUUCUUGCCUUGGUCAAGCAGGUGAGCCAUUGGAACAUCAGGGUUUUUGGCAUUCUGUGUGGUUCAAGGAGAUGAAGCUUCCUCGUUAAAGUGUGUGACCACUCAGUAUGGUCAAUAAGGUCCUGGAUCAAGUUCUUAUGUCUAUUUAAUGACAAACUUUGGAAAGUCACUUGAGAGCAUGUAUACGUGCCAGUCUCAGACAAGCAUCCAGACAUUGCCCCUUCUAUCCAUCACACUGUGCUUGACCACUGUAUAUUGAUUCCGCAUGGAUGUAUAUUUGUCUGGUACUUCCCAUACUAACUGGGAGAUGACAAUAAAAAAGGUGAAAUUUCUUUCUG